AUGGUUUGGAAAUUUGGAAAAUUCGGUGUCAACAAUGGACGAACCGUACGUUCGCGAAGUUCUCGGUCCAAAAGAUCUGAGGGUCUUCUUAUUCACACCACAGCUUUCCCUGAAGGAAGCCAAGAUAAAACAGAGGUCACCACUUAUUCGCUAGGCAAGCAAAAUCGCUGGCUUCUUCCAGAAGUAAUCAAGACAACUAACUCUGCGGAGUUCGAGAAGGACGAGGUUGUUUUAGUGGAAGGAUUCACCAAUGAUGGAAAAGAUCGUCCGGAUUGUUUGUCAGUUUAUAGCUCAAAGGAUAACAAAACUCGAAAAUCCAAGGGCAGAUUGGCUCGAGCUAAAGAUCUACUGGUUGACGUUGAAUAUGCGAGCACACGCUUUGAGGUGAGUUACCCCACUCCCUUGAGACCAUGGCAGAUAGAGAAACAUAAAAAGAGAUCAGGGGUACGUUUCGAAACACGCAAGAAGAAUUCUCGUUUCGAUUGGAGUCAAGAGGAAGACUUCGAGGAGGUACAUGAGGAAGAUCUAUCUCUCCACUGUAUCGAGGAGGAUCUCAGUGAACACUGUCACUCAAACAGCUUUACUAAAUCUAUCACAAUGGAUUUUGAUUCACUUUUGAGAACAUCCCCUAAAAGGAAAUCGAAUCUCAUCGAAAAGAUUAAGACCUCACAGCAAAUAAAAAAUACCAUUAAAAGCACAAGACUUUUCUCACCUAAAAAGCAGUGCAUUUUAUGUGGAUGAUACGUAUAAUGCACAUCAAGAACUUCUGACUCAAAUCAGAGAGAUGUCUGCAUAUAAUAAUGAUUUUCGUGUUCCUAACUCCUAUGAUGCCAUUAUGAAUGACUGGGGUUAUGAUGUUAAUAUGGUUGACUGGGGUCAUGAAGCUAAUAUUGAUGACUGGGGUCAUGAUGCCAAUGUAGAUGACUGGGGUCAUGAUGCUAAUGUGGAUGACUGGGGUCAUGAUGCUAAUGUGGAUGAUUGGGGUCAUGAUGCUCAUAUGGAUGACAGGGGUCCUGUUACUAAUAUUGAUGAUAGGGGUGCUGUGGCUAAUAUGGACGACAGGGGUGCUGUUGCUAAUAUGGAUGACAGAGAUCCUGUUCCUAAUAUGGAUGAGUGGGGUCAUGAUGCUAAUGUGGAUGACUGGGGUCAUGAUGCUAACAUGGAUGAUCAGGGCUGGAAUUAUGAUUGGCGGGCACCAGUAAGAGGUGGCAUGCACAGAGGAAGAGGGCGAGGAAGAGGGCGUGGAGGAGGACGAGGAAGAGGUAAUUGGAGACAUGGAAGACGAGGAGGUUUCCGACGAUUCAAUCAGGUUGAUCCUAACUUGUCUUUAGAAUUAAACAAUCCAUCUUCAAUUGGGAACAGUCAUGGUAGUCAACACCAAGUACCUAGCACAGAUAUGACACCAAGAUCUGACCUGCCUGGAAAAUGUUUGGAACCUUCAUCAACAGAUGUAAUCCACCAGUACAUUGCUCUUGUUCUUUCCUCAGAACAAACUAAUCCUGCUCAUCUAGAGGAAAUGUGGGGUGAGAAGUACCUUGAAGCAGAGAGUGUUCCAAGGGCAUUUGCACUUAAGGUUACACCACUAACAUCUCAGGACAUCAAUGGAGAAGUUUUUGUUCUUUUCCGACAGGGUCACUGGCUGACUAACUGGUUUGCAUCUGUCACUUGCAGUGAAGAACACAUACAUAAAUCAGUGCUAACAGAGUUCAUUUCUGAAAUCAGGCUGAAGAGUGUCAGAAAGGAUGUCUGUGGCCUUACUCUAGAGGAUAUUGUGAACACUGCUAGAAACUGCUUCUGCCUAAACACCAACAGUAAAGCAGACACAGCAGAACCCAGGCUACCCAAACUGUCUUUUGAUGUCUUUGCAGACCUGCUUGGUUGGAAGUCUAAGGCCUUUACAUUGGCGAAAGCACGUCAAGAGAUAAAGAUGUCCCUGGGGAAAGAAAAGUUCUUGUCAGAAAACCCUGAACCUCUGUUUAGUACUGAAAUGGAGUGUGGGAUAUGUUUUAUGGAACUCAGCUGUAAUGGUAAGUAACUCAAAGAGUAAUUGAUAACAACUGAAAUGAGUUUCUGAUGCUCAGACAAGGUCUGAAUUGUAAUUUAUGCUUGGUAUUUUUUUGUUCUUUGCUUUUAGGGAAAAAAGAACAAAUUAAAUCUUUUCUUUGGCUUUUAAAUUGUAUUGUUGGCUUGCAUUUUUCCAUCAAAUGAAUCAGAAAUGUAUAUCCUUCCUUAAUUAAGUUAUUUCUUUAAUUGCUUGAUUACUUAAGUUAAGUUCAAACAUUUUCAAACUUUUUUUAAAGACUUUCCACAAAGGUUUCAAUUAAGCAUGGUAAAUCCAAUACUUAAUAGUUGUCACAAUAUCUAAAAAAAAGUAUUGCCUUAGCUGCAAUUUUACUCAAUUAUGAAAAUUGGAAAUACUUACCUAGGUGUAAAGCACCAGCACCACAGUAUUUGCCUGUGAAAAUGCAAUGUAAAAUAUAGGCAUUUACUUGUACUGGUAAGUUACCAUUAUGACUAGUGAUUACAAGAUUGAAGGUUCUUAAACUUUCUCCAUUAGAUACUGAUGUCUCCUCUACAACUUUGAGCACCUGUGGUCACACAUUCUGUAACAGUUGCUGGAGGACUCACUUAAAGACCCAGAUUGAUCUUGGCCAAAUAAACCUGAGGUGCCCUGGGUAUGAGUGUAGCACAACAGUUGAUGAUGUCACCUUAAUGUUACUUGCACCAUCACUUUAUGGACGGCAUAUGGCAAAAAGGGUGGACACCAUACUGGAAAUAUGCCCCAAGUGGAAAUGGUGCCCAGCAGACCAGUGCAAGUUGGUUGUCAAGGCAACAAUAGCAAAGGACUCCUCCAAGGUCUGUAGCUCUGAGCACAGUGGUAGUGUCCAGCCUUUGCCAGUGGCAUGCCUCUGUGGUAACACAUGGUGUUUCAAGUGCCAGGAAGAUGCUCAUUGGCCAGCUACUUGUGAGGAAGCCCAGGUGUUCAGAAAGAAACAUGAACAGUAUGCUAAGAUGGUUGAAAACAGCAAAAAAGAGACCCUGAUUACUAGUGUAGGGGUUAAAAACUGCCCGUUUUGCAAUUACCCAAUACAGAAAGGUCUUGGAUGUAAUCACAUGGUCUGUGGUCUCUGUGGUAAAGAAUUCUGUUGGUAUUGCCUGCAGAUCUGGUCUUCCCAUGGUGAUGUUUGCAAGGGGGCUGUUGCAUUGCGAGAAGUGGUGAUACCAGUGAAUAAAAAACACCUGAGAUCAUAUGAACACCAUGCUGUGAUGUGUCACUUGGCCAGGUCACCAGUCCAGAUACAACAAACUUACAAAAAACUGGAUAACCUUGAAAAACGACAACAGUUUUAUGAGUCAUGCUCAUAUAGAUUUGACUCCAAAAAACCUUGGCCUAGUUCUACAAAAAGGCGUAUGAGGGAUCUAUGUGAUAGUGAUAUGUCACAAGAUUUGCCACAAGUGUUUGGUUUUAAAUUCCAGGCCCUUCUUGCCCUUGAAGGUUUGGCAAUGGUGUUGAGCUUCAAGAGAGACUCUCCAAACAAGAGGGUAGCACUGGAAUUUGAAAGACUGUUAUUCAUUGUGGAGAGAUUGAAUGACUUACUCCAAGACUUUGAGAAAGGUCUCAAACUUGAGACUUUGGAAAGAAUGAAAAAUUUAGUAGCAUGUGGCAAGAAAUGUCUAUGUGUUUUAUAUAGAAAUACAAAAAGUGCAUAA